AUGCCGCGAUUCGAUGCGCUCCGUUGCCCCCGCUCCGUUGACCCGAGGAUCGACGGUCUCCGCGAUGGUGUGGGAUUUCUGGACGACCAGUGGCGUCCACGAGAACCCCCUCAGUGGGGCGAGGUGGACGAGAGCCAGGGCGUUUUCGGCUACGAAUGGAGGCCCCUCUCCUAUAUUGACGAGGCCUCAGCUGCGUGCCAUUUGCACCCCGUCGUGCGCCUGCUCCAAGCUGCCGACGUGCGGGCAGCUGCUGACGCGUUGGCAGAGGGGUCCAGAGUGGUGCCCAGCAUUGCUUGGCGCGAUGGCAGUGUACAAAUGUUGCAGAUGAUGGCCACCGCCGCGGAGACCAAGAGCUGGCUGGGGCAGCGCGAUGGGAGCGGUUGCAGCCUGAGCAGCUGUGAGGGCAUGGAGAAGGCAGUGGAAGCCUUGCAGUACUUCAAGGAGGAACAGGGCCCCCUUGAGUACCACGACGGCGAGCUAUGGGGAGGACGAGUAGGCCCUAUGCUCAGGCUUUGCGCCGCGGCUGUGGAGCGGAAUGGCUCGGUGUGGGCCGACUGGACCGAUGCCUCCAAGCACAGCCUGCAGGACUGGGAGAACUGGGACUUCGAUGGCUCGGGCCAGCAGAGUUGGAUGAAGGCUCGUGGACAGGUUCUCCGAAACCUCCUCGCCGACGCCGGUUCUGCCGACGCUGCUGCCACCGCGCCGGGCGACGCGCCCGGGGCGGACGAGCGGGGGCGGCGCUGGCGCCGCGCGUGA